CACGUAUACGACAGAUUUGACUUCCACAACUUCCAAUCCUCAUCCAAUCACGAGCGUGCUUCCCUUUUCUCUGCAUUUCUAAUUUUUCAAUAUUAUCUGGAUAUUUACCAGUCCAUAUAAACGCUCUCACCUAACCAUAAGAACAAGCUCAUCUGAAUAUUUCCAUCGAUUAUUCGAUCUGUGCCAAUGGCGGAGAAAGCAUUCAAGUACGUGAUUCUCGGUGGUGGUGUUUCUGCUGGAUAUGCGGCCAGGGAGUUCGCCAAGCAGGGAGUCAAAUCAGGCGAACUGGCUAUCAUUUCAAAAGAGGCGGUGGCUCCUUAUGAACGUCCGGCACUUAGUAAGGCAUACCUAUUUCCUGAGGGAACUGCAAGACUUCCCGGUUUUCACGUGUGUGUUGGAAGUGGUGGAGAGAGGCUCCUUCCUGAGUGGUACACAGAGAAAGGGAUAUCUUUGAUACUCAGCACGAAAAUUGUGAAAGCAGAUCUUGCUUCAAAGGCACUUAUCAGUGCAGCUGGUGAAACAUUUAAAUACCAAAAAUUGAUUAUAGCAACUGGUUCUUCUGUUAUUAGAUUAACCGACUUUGGCACAGAAGGUGCUGAUGCUAAGAACAUCUUUUACCUGAGAGAGAUAGAUGAUGCUGAUGAACUCGUGAAAGCAAUCAACGGAAAGAAAAAUGGAAAAGCUGUGGUUGUUGGUGGAGGAUACAUCGGCCUCGAGCUAAGUGCAGCUUUGAGAAUCAACAAUUUCGACGUCACUAUGGUCUUCCCAGAACCUUGGUGCAUGCCCAGGCUUUUCACUGCUGGCAUAGCUGCUUUUUACGAAGGUUACUAUGCGAACAAGGGAGUCAAUAUCAUCAAGGGCACUGUAGCCGUUGGAUUUGGCAGCAAUGACAAUGGGGAGGUGACAAAUGUGAAGCUUAAGGAUGGCAGGGUACUGGAAGCUGAUAUUGUUGUUGUUGGUGUAGGUGGCAGACCACUCACGACACUAUUUAAGGGCCAAAUCGAAGAGGAAAAGGGUGGCAUCAAGACUGAUUCUUUCUUCAAAACGAGCGUGCCUGAUGUGUACGCUGUGGGUGAUGUUGCUACAUUCCCUUUGAAGCUUUAUAAUGAAAUUAGACGAGUCGAGCAUGUUGACCAUGCUCGCAAAUCGGCUGAACAGGCCGUGAAGGCAAUUUUCGCCACCGAGCAAGGAACAUCGAUACCCGAAUACGACUAUCUACCCUACUUCUACUCGCGGGCAUUCGACCUCUCGUGGCAAUUCUACGGUGACAACGUUGGUGACUCUGUACUCUUUGGCGACAGCCAACCGACCUCCGCCACUCACAAGUUCGGGUCUUAUUGGGUCAAGGAUGGUAAAGUCGUUGGGGCCUUUCUAGAAAGUGGCACUCCCGAAGAGAAUAAAGCCAUUGCUAAAGUUGCCAGGGCACAACCCCCGGCCGCCAGCCUGGAUCAGCUGGCGGCUGAGGGCCUGGCGUUCGCCAUUGGAGCUGAGGCUGAUGAUGAUAUGGUUGAGCUUCUUUUGUCACAAGUGAAGGGAAAAGACAUAACAGAGCUAAUUGCCGCUGGACGUGAGAAGCUGGCAUCUGUACCUGCCGGUGGUGGUGCAGUUGCAGUUGCCUCAUCGGCAUCUGGAAGUGCAGCUGCCCCAGCUGUGGCCGAGACCAAGAAAGAAGAGAAAGUUGAGGAGAAAGAAGAAUCGGAUGACGAUUUGGGCUUCAGCCUCUUCGACUAAACGGUUGUGGUUUCUACAUACGAUAUCUUUGUGCUAUUGUUUUUUUCCAUUAGGUGCCUGUUUUACGCUUGGAAAACCCGACUUUGACUUUGUUUUUAUUACCAUUUGGUGUUCGAAUUAUGAAAACUAAAGCACAGACAGCACUAUGUAUUUGAAAAUUUUGAAUGUUUCUUGAAAGCUGAUUAGAAUGUUUUCCUUAGUAUUUUUGUGUCGACUGUUUUUAACAAAUUGGCGUGAAAUGUCCAGCUGGGAAUAAGAAAUAAUCAUGUGGUAUGCGAAGAGAAAUAAUCUUGAUUUUAUGCCAUAUUAAUAUAUUGUUUUUACAGACAUUUUACAGUAGAGAUGGAUGUUAUAGUAGAUGCUUUUAUAUUGCUCGUGAUUUCGUUUAUGCCUGUUCAAUAUAAUGUUUUUUCAGGCAUUUAACUGUAGCGAUGGAGGUUAUAGCAGACUAUUUGCUUGCUUAUUUGAUGCCUGUGUUGAUUUUGUAGUUUAUAUGUCAUAUUUCCGAAGGAUUGUUUUUGCUAAUAACCAUUUUGUUUGAAUGUUGGUGUGGUGAAGAAGUUCUCUAACUACUGUGCUCCAAAUGUGUGUAGGUCUUAUUAGUAGUUUUAGUACGGAUGUAAAGGAACUGAGUUGGCUGCGAGAACAUGGGUCUCGGCUUGGUAUAAAUAUAUUUGAUCGAGAUCAUUUGUUAAGCUGAAAGCUCCAAGCUUGAGCUUGAAAAUGUUAGACAAAAAAGAUCAUGAACAUUUUUGUUGACGUGCUUGAAAGAUCAAAAGCUCGAGCUUCAAUUGUCUUGAAACAUGCAAACUUGAG